CAAACAUCGGGCAGGUCAUCUGCCCGGUCAUCAUCUUCCAUUUCGCCGAACGCAGGACAGAGCAGCAGUGUGCACGACGCAGAGCAUCAGUCUUUUGAAUUGUCACAUCACACACGUUGAACCGAAGAUGAGCAAUCGCAACAUGGAGGGCAAGCGACAAGCCGUUCUUGACCAGGCCGAUGAGCUGGAGCAGCUCCUGGCAAAGGUCACGCCACGCGUCGUGGAGUACAUCCGCCAGAACGCAGACGUCGACGGCUCGAAGGUGGUGGAGUAUGUCCCACCAGAGGAGCUGAAGUCCAAGAUGGGCAUUGAGCUGCCGGAGGAAGGCACGGGCACGGACGAGAUUGUGGAGCGGAUUGACCGCGUUCUCAAGUACAGCGUGCGCACAGGCCACCCCCGCUUCCUCGACAAGCUCUACGCAGGCAGCGACCCUGUGGGCCAGGUGUCGGAGUUCCUCACUGCAGUUGUCAACACCAACGUGUACACGUAUGCGGUUGCGCCCGUCUUCACCCUCAUGGAGCUUGAAGUGCUUCGGAAGGUUGCCGCUGUCGUCGGCUUUGACGACGCAACAAUGGAAGGCAUGCUUGUUCCCGGCGGCUCGUUUGCUAACUUUGUUGCCAUGGUCGCGGCCCGCCAUCACGCCUUCCCGCACGUCCGCAUGGACGGAUGGAAGCCCGAUGACAAACCCAUUGCGUUUUGCCCAGAGCAAGCCCACUACUCCCUCAAGCGCGCAGCAAUGAUGGUUGGCAUCGGGAUGAACGGCAUUGUGGGCGUCAAGUGCGAUCGCAAAGGGCGCAUGAUUGUGAGCGAGCUUGAUGCAGCACUUGAGAAGGCCGUGGCGGAGGGCAAGAAGCCGUUCUUCGUCAGCACCAGCGCUGGCUCAACCGUCAUGGGUGGGUUUGACCCUUUUGUUGAGAUCCGGCAGGUGUGCGACAAGUACAACGUGUGGAUGCACGUUGACGCUGCGUGGGGCAUUGCGAGCAAGUUCACACCACGCAUGGAGCAGACAACAGCUGGGCUCGAGCUCGCAGACUCCUGCACAUGGGACGGCCACAAGAGUCUUGGCAUGCCGAUCUUUGCAGCCGCUGUGAUGACGCAGAAGCACCAGGGCCUUUUCCACGCCGCAAACAGCUCCUCCGCAGACUACCUCUUCCACUCGCACGAACAAGUGUCGUAUGACCUCGGGGACAUGACACUGCAGUGCGGGCGCCGCGCAGACAGCAUCAAGAUGUGGUUUGCCUGGCUCCGACACGGCACUCAGGGUUUCCGUGACCGCAUUGAGAAGGCGCUUGACAUUGUUGACUACAUGGUUGCGCGCAUCAAGGCUGACCCUCGCUUCAAGCUUGUUGAGGAUCCCAUGUACACCAACGUGUGCUUCUGGUACCUGCCGCCUUCCCUCCGCGACACAGAGGACUUGACGUCCGUGUACCCCAAGCUCGGAACCGUCACCAGCACGCUUUGCAGGCGGAUGCAGGAGGCGGGCACGAUGCUGGUGAACAUCAAUCCUCUCGGCGAUCACGGUCUUCCGCACUUCUUCCGCCUCAUCAUCAACAACACCACCGUGACGACGGGCGAUAUGGACUUUGUUCUCGAAGAGAUGGAUCGCCUCGGCAGCAGUCUUUAGGCCAAAUCAGGCAGCGUGUGUGCAUGCUUCGUGUCGCGUUGGUGGCAGCAUGUGCACGUGGGUGGGUGUGGGAUGCAUGGUUGCCUGCUUGCGUUCGUUUGCUGAUCAGUUUGCUGCAGACAAGCGUUGUUCUGUUCUAUUUUGUUUCAAUCGUGUCGUUUGUGCACCAAUCAGUGUGCGCACCUGUUGUUGUGCUUUCUUGAAGGCGGACAUGUGUGUGUGUGUGUGUGUGCAGGUUGUGCAUGCUCUGCGAGUGCAUCUCGCUGUCACGUCGCCAUAAGCAACACACCACUGUGCAGUCACACUCGAACAAAUGUGGCGCGCGCAUGUGGAUGUGCAAUCUGGAAUACAAGCAAGCAAGCUA